AUGACAUCCAACAACACAUCAUAUCUUUCACAGGAAUGUCCCACCCUCGGCUAUCACACCGCAGAUGUGGCUGUCUCUGUCCUCUAUUUGCUGAUGUUCCCCGUUGCGUUGUUGCUCAAUGCAGUUGCAGGAUGUGUCUCGUUGCACCUCCGGUCCACCUCUACCUUCAUAGUGUACCUGAAAAACCUGGUGGCUGCUGACCUGCUCUUGACCUUGUCGAUCCCACUAAUGGUAGCUAGUACCCUCCCAGGAGCAACAGUUGAGUUAAAAAUGGUCGCCUGCCGUUACUCAACUGUAAUUUUGUACAGCUGCCUGUACACAAGCAUUUCUUUAAUGGGUCUCAUCAGCUUAGAUCGCUUCUUCAAAAUUGUCAGACCGUGUGGGAGCUCACUGGGACAAAACCUGGUCUUCAGUCGUGUCAUGUGCAGCCUGGUCUGGGUGGUGAUAUUUGGAAGCACAACUAUCCCAACCAUCAUUCUAACUGAUCAGGAUCCUGGUAACACAACAGGAGAUUUUUGUAUGUCCCUCAAAGGUCCAGCUGGUCUGACUCUUCAUCAGUUUGUGAUUUUAUUUAUGGAGGUGCUUUUCUGGUUUGUCAGUGCGCUGGUUGUGGUUUGCUACAUCUGCAUCACCAACAAGGUUCUUCAGUCCUUCAGAAACUCUGGGAGCAACAAUAACCAGGGAAAGAAGAAAACCAAACUAAGGGUCUUCUUGAUUCUCCUUGUAUUCUUUGUAUGUUUUGUGCCUCUCCAUAUGUUACGGAUUCCAUUCCAUACAAUGUAUGAGCUCAGUCACGGCAGUGUCUGUGCUGACGAUUGGAUGAAGAUAGCCAAUAACUUUGCCCUGUGGCUCUCCACUACCAAUGUCUGCCUGGAUCCUCUCCUCUACAUCUAUCUGUGUAGAGAGUUCAAAGAGAGACUGGUUGAUAUGAUGAAAGUUAGAGGAAUCUGUACACAGCUAAAUGCAGGCAUAAAUGAAGAUACUUCCCAGUAG